AUGCUUCAAUCCGUUCGCCUGAACAGACCGCAAAACGCCUCUCGUGAUGUUUCCGAUGACCUUAAUCGGGUGGAAAGCAAAGAAUUAUGGAGAAAUGUGUUCCUCAGACCACGAUUCAACAAUGACGGUAUUGGAAACCCCCAAGUCGUCGCAAACAUCCUUAUUGAGCAGCUGUAUCGCCAAUCCCCACCACAUGGUCCGAGGAAUCUCGUCUGGCUUCAGCAAUUCCGAGCAAUGGAAAGCUCUCUCGGUGAAUUUUGGGCGGCCGUGAGACGAUGGGCGAAGAAAUACUUGGACCAUUUGGAUCUCCGAGCGAUGGAGGAAAAGAUCCUCAUGGAUACAAUCUCUGUUGAUCUCAGUCCCGAGCAUCUCCAGCUUCGCCAGGAGCAGGCAGAUCGAAUAAUUUCGGAUGCAAAGAGGGAAUCCGGGCCAAGUUCAGUUCCGCUGCAGACCGAGUGGGGUUCCGAGGCGAUUGCAGUUCCUUCCAGCAUUUCAGGACACCGAGUAAAAAGCCGGCCCACUGCAUCAGGAAACACGAAGGGGGAAACGGCGCACAAUGUUAACAGAAUACCAGAGACUCCCAAUGAAUUUUCUCAACAGAUAUUUGUAACGAAGGAUUCGUUACAUGUCAUACAUUUGAUGUUUCCUGAAUUCUCGGACAGCUCCGACUCUGUUGGCUGGGAGAAGUUCGUGCGAGCUCUAUGUGAUGCAGGCUUUGUUGCUCGAAAUGGAGGGGGGUCGGCGGUUGUUUUUGAUGCCCAGAAUGGCUUGCAACGAGGAAAGAUUGUAUUCCACAGGCCGCACCCAGUUGCCAAGCUGGACCCAGUCAUGCUGAGAUCGAUGGGGAAGAGAAUGACGAAGUGGUUUGGUUGGACCCGGAAUGGAUUUUCCGCAAAGUAA